GGCGGUUUCGUUUAGCUGUUUUAUUAACAUGACGUAUCUCUCAGCGAUUCUUGGUGCUGUGGUCGUCGCCGCAAUCGUUCUCGUCGCCAAGUCGCGUCACUUCCGAAGGUCACUUCCUCCUGGUCCCAAAGGUCUCCCCAUUGUUGGAAAUAUCAACGACCUUGAUGGUAAUGAAAUCCAUGUCCAGGCUCGAAAAUGGAGUCAAGAAUAUGACUCGGAUAUCGUCUCUAUCACUACGCUCGGCCACACAACUGUCUUCCUCAACUCAGCACAGGCCAUUCAGGAUCUCUUCGUCUCCCGUGGUGCUAUUUACUCUGACCGCCCUGACAUGCCCAUGUUAAUCGACCUUAUGGGUUGGGACUGGACGUUCGCCCUCAUGCGAUACGGCCAGAAAUGGAAGGAGCACCGACGCAUCUUCCACGAACAGUUCAACAAUACCAUCUCGGAGCAUCGUCAGAUCCAAAUUCCCGCCGCUUUGGAACUCUUGCAGCUACUUAACAAGUCUCCUGACCGAUUCCUGGAUCAUCUCGAACACUAUGUAUCUCGAAUUAUCAUGAAGAGAGUGUACGGUUAUGACUUUGAGGACGCCAUGAAGGAUCCAUACGUGCUCGUUAACAAGGCCGCAUCGGAAUCUACUUCUACGGCUACUGUUCCAGGUACCUUCCUUGUCGAUACAUUCCCCAUCCUCAAGUACGUACCGGAGUGGGUCCCAGGCGCUGGCUUCCAGAAGAUCGCCAAGAAGUGGCGCAAACUCCAGGAGGCGGUCGUGCAUGGUGCGUAUGACAUGGUCGUCGAGCAGCAGAAACAAGGUGCAUCAAAUGCGUCAUUUGUGGGGACAUGUCUGGAAGACCGAGCGCAAAACUUGCCAGAGGCCUUGAGCGAAGAUGCUAUCAAAAGUAUCGCUGCCGUCGUCUACGCCGCAGGAAGUGACACCAACCUUGCCACAUUGACGUGCUUCGUCCUCGCCAUGGUUCUCCACACCGAUGUCCAGAAACGGCUCCAAGCAGAAAUCGACUCCGUGACGGACGGAGAGCGUCUCCCCACAUUCGAAGACAAGGAAGAACUUCCUUACUUCAUGGAUGUCUUCCGUGAAGUGAUGAGAUGGCUUGUCGUGUUCCCUGUUGCUAUUCCCCACCGUGCUACGACCGAGGACUCGUAUAAGGGCUACUACAUCCCGAAAGAUUCCACAAUCAUAGGUAACUCAUGGGCGGUAUUGCAUGAUCCAGUCACCUAUCCGGACCCAGAAACCUUCAACCCAGAUCGAUUUGUGAAAGACAAGAGCCUUCCCGAUCCUAUGGAUAUCGCUGCCUUCGGUUACGGUAGACGGUCGUGCUCCGGAAAGGCCAUGGCCAUCGAUACGGUCUGGAUCGCAAUGGCCACCAUGCUCACCGUGUAUGAUAUGGAGAAGCCCUUGAACAAGGAAGGGAAGCCUGUCGAUCCGAUAGUGGCGUUUAGGCGUGCUGCAAUCAACCAUCCUGCACCGUUUGACUGUCGUUUCGUCCCUCGUUCGAAGGCCAGGCUGGCACUUCUCCAGCAGGAUUGAGGGAUGCGAGAUGUCUUAUUUACUUCCGAUGAAGGUGGAAUCUUUUUUGUGCACAUCCUAUCCCACCGUCUGCAUAGAGUGCCUGCGUUUUGUGUUGCUUAGUAUGAGUCGUUUUCCUUGGAGCGAUAUUAUUGUUGUACUUAAUAUAUUUGCUGGAGUCGCUUCUCGUACGAGUGGUGGACGGGAUAU